AUGGAUUACCCUCACUCGUGUGAUACGUUUGUCGUUUUGCCCCCGCUAACAAAUGAUAAUGGCGUAAUAUUUGGUAAAAAUUCCGACCGGCCGCAGAACGAAGUCCAAGAAGUGAUUUUGGUGAAGAACAGAGUCCGGGAGUCCAAACUUAAGUGUACUUACAUCACAAUAGAUGAAAGUCCCAAUGCGAUUAAUGAUGUAAUGUUAAGUAAGCCAGCAUGGAUGUGGGGUGCAGAAAUGGGUGCUAACAAUAAAAAUGUAGUGAUUGGUAAUGAAGCUGUUUGGACUAACAACAAUGAAGGUGAUGGAGACGCCAGACAGAAAAGGCUAUUAGGCAUGGAUUUAGUCAGGCUUGGUCUGGAGAGAGGGAACUCAGCUGAUGAAGCUUUAGACAUCAUAACAGAUCUCCUUGAGAAAUAUGGCCAGGGUGGUCCAUGUUCAGAGUUUGAUGAUAGCCACUUCUACCACAAUUCUUUCCUCAUAGCAGAUCCAAAGGGAGCAUGGGUACUAGAGACAAGUGGAAAGCUAUGGGCUGCAGAGAAAAUUAAUCAAGGAUACAGAAACAUCUCCAAUGGUCUCACAAUCAAAACCAAAAUUGAUAAACAUUCAGAAAACUUGUUUGACAUUGCUGAAAAAAUGAAUUAUUGGGAUGGAAAAGGAAAACUGGACUUCACGUCUGCAUUUUCCUCUGGUGGUGACGAGAUGCGACAAGCAGAGGGCGAAAGGUUGCUAGGUGCAUUAUCCUCAGGAAAAACCUUUGACAUAAAGGCUAUGAUGAACAUCUUAAGGCAUAAGGACAGUUGUAUAUGCCGAGGAGUUGACGACACUUUUCCAACACAGGGCAGUCAGGUUUCAUCGUUAUCUGCUUCGGGAGUUAGCGUUCACUGGUUUACGGCCACACCUGACCCGAGUGUUUCGUAUUUCAAGCCGUUUAUCUUUACACCAAAUGCGGUGGCUUCCUCUUACACUGUCAGUCCUAAUGAGGCAAACAGAGAACAUUUCCUGUACUCUCUUCACUCGAAAUACGUAUUGAGAACGAAUAACGAGAAAAUUACGGAAAUCCUUAAAGGCGUUGAAGACGAAUGCCUCCAAGAAAUAACAUCGCUGAUACAAAACCAUACAUCAGACGAGACCUCGGAAAUUGACGAACUUUUUAAGAAGUGUAUCGAAACAGAGAUCAAAUUGUAUGGUUAG